AUGCGUUCACCAAUCCUCACUCCAACAUUCCUACCGGUCUCCCCAAUGUUAUAUUCCCGGAAGAAAAACGACGUUACUGCUAGAGCAUCGGCGCUGAGCGUACCACCUAUUUUAUACCAUCUCCAAUCUACUACGUUACAACCUGAAUGCUUCCAAAAAGAGACGUCAUCCAGGGACUUCGCGGAUGGAGCAUUAUAUUUCUCCUCUUAUUUUACUCUCACAACGACACCUUUCCGAACGGACGAUCAUAAAGGAUUUUUAUUUAAGAAGUUGCCUUCAGCCGAAGACGCUUUUGGCCACAAUUGGUUGCCUUGCAUACUAAUGCAAUGGUAUUUGGUUGCUCCGGUAUUAUUCUGGAUCCAAAGAGUUCUUACGGACAAGGAUAAGUUAUUCUUUACAGGAAUAUCUGUCGCUUCAAUGGUGAUGUAUCUUUUCUCGAGAAAUAUGGUCGCAGCGUAUUGGUUACACUCCCGUUUGUGGCAAUUCUGUGGUGGAGUUAUGGCCGCGUUGUACCUACCACGAGAUUACGAGUUAGAACAAAGCCCUGAGAAGGAAGCAUUAUUGAGCACACAAGAAAAGUCAACCAUUUCUGGCAACACCGACAAACUUCGAGGAGACCGAUCUGAUGUUAGCACUAGCUGGCCAGACUAUAUUCGCACAUGUUUGCGCCACCCAGUUUUCUUCUUACCUUUGCUUAUACCUAUGGUUUGGUUCCGAUUUCCGACUUUCGACCUCAGACUAUACAUCACUGCUGCAGGAUCACUUCUUCUAUAUGCAGGUCAAAAAGGAGAGUCUUUUUCCUUCCUCACCAAUCGCGUCACGAUAUUUCUGGGCAAUAUUUCGUAUCCACUGUAUUUAGCACAGUGGCCAAUUCACUGCAUAGCAAUUUACUACAGCGAUAUCACGGCAAUAUUUAUUGACGUAGGACUCUGCAUUUCACUCAUCGUCGCCUCCUUCUUCUACUUCCAAGUCAGCAAAGUGUACCGUUCUAUGUCAUCCACAGCUACAGCCGGUUUUUAUGUUGUGAUUGUUGUUAUCACAAUUGUUUUAUCAAUGAAAGAAGACCUAUCUGUAAGAGCAUUAGUACCCGUAGCGAUGUCGGCGCGUAACGCUAUGGCGGCAAUGCUCGACGAGCUUAUGGGCCCAAAGCGGAACGUCGAACUCGGCAAGGACACCAAAGUCACCUUUGAUGAUCCAGACAUAUGCAAGUACUAUAUUGUUGGCUUUUGCCCGCAUGACAUGUUCGUGAACACAAAAGCUGAUUUAGGGGCUUGUCCACGAGUGCACGACGACAACUUACGGCUGGAGUAUCCAAAAAGUGACAAAUUCGAAAAGCUUGGCUUCGAAAGAGAAUUUCUGAAAUUUUUGUCGCGCUUGGACGAAGACAACCAGAGACGAAUUCGGAAGAACCUUGAAAAGCUCAAAGCGAAUGAAGAAAAUGGCCAAAAGAAGGAGGAUUUGCGAAAGCUUCGUGACGAACAAGAAAUGGCGAGGAUAGAUGGAGAAAUCAAAGCAUGCAUGGCCGAAGCUGAAAAGGCUGGUGAAGAAGGUCUCGUUACUAAAUGCCAAGAACUUGUGGAAAAGAUCGAGCAGCUUGAAAAGCAAAAGGCAGCAGUUGAAGAGAGAGUAAACAGUAAUACUGCUCUACCACCUCCUAUAGACGAAUCUGCUAUCAAAGUUAUGGAAGUCUGCGAAGUAUGUGGAUCUAUGCUUAUCAAGAAUGAUGCCCAAUGUAGAGUCGAGGAACACUUAAGUGGCAAGAUGCACAUGGGAUUCUCGAAAAUAAAGGUUACUAUUGAAGAACUCAGGGAACGCAUCCGCAAACGGGAUGAAGAAACCGAGAAGGAGCGACAAAAAAUGAGGGAAGAGCGAGAAAAGCGUGAACGAGAAAGAAGACGUUCACGUGAACGAGACCGCUCACGUGAUAGAGACAGGCGUAGGAGGUCUAGAUCGCGUUCGCGUGACCGUGAUCGACGCCGCAGUCGCUCUCGCGACAGGCAUCGCCGUGAUGAUCGCGAUCGUCGCGACAGAGACAGGGAAGAUCGUGACCGACGACAUCGCCGCUAG